CACUUGGCGCACGACAUGGAGUGGUGGGCCGCCAUCAUGGCCACGACCGCCAUUAUGCGUGUCUUUGUCAUGCCCUUCAUGGUCAUGCAGCAGCGCGUGGCGGCCAGGAUGCACAUCGCCAAACCCGAGAUUGAGGCGCUGAACGCGCGAAUCAAGGGCAUGGGCGGGGACCAGCAGGUGAUGGCAGAAGCACAGAAGGAGAUAUUCGCGAUUUGGAAGAAGCACAACUGCAAUCCGGCGUACAUGAUGCUGCCCAUCGCGGUGCAGGCGCCGCUUUUCAUCUCCUUCUAUUUCGCGAUAUCGGAGAUGGCGAAGGGGGUGCCGUCGUUUGCAUCUGGCGGCCCGGACUGGCCGCUCGGGCCAAUCUCGAUGCACGAUCUGACCGCCGCGGACCCCACGUACAUCAUGCCCGUGCUCUCGUCCGCGACGUUCCUCGCUACGGUCGAGCUGGGGGGCGCGGGCAACCCGGAAACCUCCGGGGCCGCGCAGCAGACGAUGAUGACCAAGUGGGGUCUCAGGGCGCUCUCCGUGGCUCUCAUUCCGAUGACGGCUGGGUUUAGCAAGGGCGUGUUUGUGUACUGGAUCACCACGAACAUGUUCUCGCUAGGCCAGACGCUCGCGUUCAAAGUUCCGUUGAUAAAGAAGAUCGUCGCGAUCCCGGAGAUUCCG